AUGUCCUCCUUCUUCACCAUCCCCUCUUCCAUGAAGAAGAGAAAAAGACCCGAAACCAAUGAGCCCCCGAAAAAAAGAUUGGCCGCGUCCUCCAAGUCGAAAUCUACAAAGAUUACCCCACGAGACCCGAAGCCAAAGGCUGCGCGCAGACUGGAAAGAGACGAUUCGAUAUCGGGGAGUGGUAGUGAGGAUGAGAGCGAUGAGGGAGAAAGGGAAAGAGAGGAGGAAUUUGAGGGAUUAAGUGAUUCGAGUAGUAAUUCGGAAGAAGAAGAAGAUGGGGAUGGGGAGGCUACCGCGGCGGAAAGACGAUUGCGACUCGCAGAACGAUACUUAUAUAACAUCCGAUCAGAAGUCGACGAGACCGGGUUUGACGCCGAAGAAAUCGACCGCGAUCUGAUCGCCGAACGGCUACAAGAAGAUGCAGCCGAGUCGAAAGGGCGCAUGUACAGGAAGUUGGCGACGGAAUUGUCGUUCGAAGAAGCAAGCCAUAGUGCGUUUAAGAAUAAUAGUGAGCCGGUAACGGGGAUUGCUACUUGUCCGCCUUACGCGUAUACGGUUUCUAAGGAUAUCACGCUGGUGAAAUGGAGGAUACAGGAUCUGCCUGCGGAUCAAUUCCCCCAGAAGAAAAAGAUGAAGAUGAAGAAAUCGAAAGCGCAAAAACCCCCACCACCUCCCCGACGAAAACCCACUCGUCUCCUACUAGUGCGCGGCGACAAGAAGAAGGCCAAGGACAAUUCCUAUCAAGGUCACGUCGACAUUAUCCUUACCGUUGCCGCCUCUCAAGACGGGAAAUACGUUGUCACAGGCGGUAGAGAUCGCAGAAUCAUCGUCUGGGAAGCAGAAACCCUCAUCCCCCUCCGAGUCUUUACCCAACAUCGCGACUCCGUAACAGGCCUCGCCUUCCGAAGGGGUACAAAUCAACUCUACUCCUCUUCCAAGGAUCGAACCAUAAAAGUCUGGUCACUCGACGAACUAGCGUACAUCGAGACGCUUUUCGGACACCAAGACGAAGUCGUUGAUAUCGCGGCCCUCGCGCAGGAACGUUGUAUCAGUGUUGGCGCUCGGGACCGCACCGCCCGAUUAUGGAAAGUGGUAGAGGAAACCCAACUCGUUUUCCGCGGCGGCGGUGCAGAAAAAAAGUCCCGUCAUAGUAGCACACCCCGUGUGUUAGAAGGCAGUAUGGACCGCGUAGCCAUGAUAGACGAGGAAACCUUUGUAACGGGCGGUGACAACGGCUGUAUCUCCCUCUGGACAAUCCACAAAAAGAAACCCAUCCACACCCUCCCCCACGCCCAUGGCCUCGACCCCGCCCUCGCCCCCUCCGAAGCCUCAGCAGAAACCCACCCGGGACAGGACAUCGUACCUAUACCACAACCACGAUGGAUCACCGCUCUAGCCACCGUCCCCUACUCGGACGUGAUCCUGAGCGGGAGCUGGGACGGCAACCUACGAGCCUGGAAACUGAGCGACGACAAGCAAAAACUCGAGCCGUUAGGCGCCGUAGGCUCCGAAGUCAUCACCAACACCUCGCUUAACCUGGAAGCCUCGCUUAACCCAGAAGAAGGGAAUCUCGUCGUCAAAGGCGUAAUCAACGAUAUCUCCCUCUUCGAGCGAGGGGAUCGCGGCAAAGAGGGGGUGUGUGUCGCGCUUGCUGUGGGCAAGGAACAUAGACUGGGACGGUGGAAGAGGGUUGGGGGGUUUAAUGGAGGGGUGGUGUUUGAGAUUUCGAGGGUGGGAGGGGGGAAGAGGGAGGUCACCAAGGGUGUGGCGAAUGGGGUGGAUAGCGAUUUAGAGAUGGAGGGGUGA